GAUGAAUCAUUAAAAUUGAAAACAUUCAACGUAUGUAUAUAACCGAAGAACACUGGACGAAAUCCACCAUACAUAAUAUUGUUCUCGCUGACGCGCGCAGUCACUUGUGUUUUGUUGUGAAUUGUUAUCGUGUUGUAUUGAUUUUGUCUUUUGUGUACGAGCUCAGAAAACAAGAAUGGAGGUUCAAUUUAAAGUUUAUACCUUUUGGAAUGGGAGUGAUAAACCAGAAGUAAGGAGGUUUGGGAUUGAAAAAGGUGUUGUGACAAGCUUUCCGUAUUUGCAUGCUAAACUUCAAGAUAUUUAUCCUAAGCUUAGAGGAAAGAGCUUCACUGUCUCUUGGAAAGAUGAAGAAGGUGAUGACGUGACUAUUUCAUCUGAUGAUGAAUUGAUGAUUGCUCUGACAUCAAUGUCAGAUGAUUUGAAACGGCUUCAUGUACACCUCAAGGAGGACAGCAGCAAUGAUGAUUGUGAUAUUGUUAUAACUGCUGUUGCUGAUAAUAACCCUGGACCGUCCUCUGGGCAAAGUGUUCCACACAGCGGUGUAGUGUGUGACGGCUGUGAAGUUCCUAUAACGGGUUUCCGCUACAAGUGCACCUUCUGUGACGACUAUGACUUGUGUUCCAAGUGCGAGUCUGCUGGUCUCCACCCUGAACAUUGCAUGGUGCGAGUGCCUGUACCCACACUGCCUCGCACCGUUAUCAAGGCGGCGGUAAAACGAUCGCGCCAUUUUCUGAAAACAUUGCAUGCGAUUAACGAGGAACAUUGCAAGAAGCAACGUCAUGAGAGUAGUGAAAGUAAGCGGCGUGAGCAUCAUGGCCACCACGGCCACCAUCGCCGUCAGGCCCGUGACGAACACCAACGCCGGCCACGCACCAGCUGGCUAGAAACAUUCGCCACUUAUAUGAAUGAAUUUGCCAACCUUGCUGGAGAUGUUGGAGUUGAAACGGAACAUGUUGCUAAUGCAAACCAAGAAAACUCUGCUGCUAAAGAAGCUCCAAAAGCACAAGCACCCAAGGCACAAGCUAGCGCAUCCGCUUCGGCCGCGACAUCGGAAAAUGCUCAGCAACAAUCGUCCACUAGAGGACCUCAGUGCCCUUUCACGCCAGAGAAUUUGAACAUUGACAACAUUCAAAAACUGUUUAAUUUAUAUAUGAACGGAAACCUAAAUGCGUUUAUGCCACAACAACCAUCGACAUCUGCUACAGAGGAAAAGACUGAUGAUGUGGAAAUGGGCCAAGGGGACAGGAAGGCGUCCAACGCUGAUAAGCAAAGUGUGACUUCCGAAGUAUCUUCUACUUCUAACGCAACAGCAGAGUCUAAGAAAGAGGACUCACCUGAUAAAACUGAUGAGUGGACCGUUAUCAAUAAUGACAAAGAUCUUAUUGAUUCUGAUGCCAAGGCUCCUGGCACAGAACCAAACCCUCCAAUUGGUUUUAACCUUCCUGAAGAAUUCCAAAAUCGUGUGCAAAUUAACGAGGGCCAAAGCCUCUACCCGCCUCUCAAUGCUGCCACAGCUGUGUUGAAUCCCAAAGAGCCUGAGGUGAAAGUUCCAGAAAAACCAAAGCCGAGUGCUCCGGAACAACCAAAAUCUAAAGAUGCUAGUAAGCCAACAUCGGCCAAUGGUUCUCGCCAGGAAAGACACCCAAUGUCUCAUAUUCAAGCAGCCAUUGAGCAGAUGAUAUCGAUGGGCUUCACCAACGAAGGAGGAUGGUUAACCCAACUGCUUGAGAGCAAGGAUGGCAAUAUUGCUGCUGUUCUUGACCUCUUGACUCCUGUCAAUGCGAAGAAGUAAAUAUAUUCUCCAUGAAUAUAUAUACAUUGAUUAUCUAUUGCAUUAUUCUCUAUAUCUGUUAGAUCUGGGGCAUCGUAUCAUAGCCCUUAAUAGAUACUUCAAAUAAACAUGUUUUUUGCAUAGAUAAGAUAUAAAUAUCAUAAGUUAAAGUUAUAUUGACAAUGGUAUUAAUUUACCUGAAAUUAUGACUGAAUAUCUUGCCUUAUUUGUUUCAUUAAUAAUGAUUUUAGUUCUUUUAUUUUUAUUAUGGAUGCUUUAUAUAAUUGAAAAUUGCAUACCAUUUGGUAUUUGCUUUUUUUAUUAUUAUUUCUCAUGUUCAAAGAGAUAUAUUUUGUUUAGAUAUCUUGUUAAUAUAAUUACAACUUGAUGACAUUUAUGUAGCCUUCAAUUUAAAUAUUACGGAAAGAAAUAAUAUGACUGAUUAUAAUACAGGCUUGAUAAAGAAUGGAUAAAGUGUGAUGGUUUCAUGUAGAAAAAUGUUUAUUUUCCUUAGAAUAUAAUAAAGGUAUAUGGGAAA